AGCGGUUUAGAUGUGAAAUAAAGAUCGCUUGAGAUCGACUGAAGAAAUAAAUAAGCGCACAGUUCACGCCGAUUGAGGGGAGAUACGGCGGGAGGAGAGCGAGAGACGGGGGCAUUGAUCCGAAACUGGAAUAUCGGGACAGAAGGCAAGCCUCAGAAAUGGCAUCUUCUCACAUUAAAGGGGAGGCAACUGAACUGGAACCUGUCUGCAUUAAAGGGGAGGCCCCUGAACUAGAGCCUGUCUGCAUUAAAGGGGAGGCCCCUGAACUAGAACCUGUCUGCAUUAAAGGGGAGGCCCCUGAACUAGAGCCUGUCUGCAUUAAAGGGGAGGCCCCUGAACUAGAACCUGUCUGCAUUAAAGGGGAGGCCCAUGAACUAGAACCUGUCUGCAUUAAAGGGGAGGCCCCUGAACUAGAACCUGUGUCCAUUAAAGGGGAGGCCCUUGAACUAGAACCUGUCUGCAGUAAAGGGGAGGCCCCUGAACUAGAACCUUUCUGCAUUAAAGGGGAGGCCCCUGAACUGGAGCCUGUCCCAAUUAAAGGGGAGGCCCCUGAACUGCUACCUGUUAAACCAGCAGUAGGGAAAAGACACAAGCGAAUUCACACAGGAGAGGAACCGUAUCGCUGUGCUGAGUGUGGGAAGAGUUUCACUCAAUUUAGAGUUCUUAAAAGACACCAGCAGAUUCACACAGGAGAGAAACCGUAUCGCUGUGCUGACUGUGGGAAGAGUUUCACUCAGUUACAAAGCCUGAAACUUCACCAGCGAAUCCACACUGGAGAGAAACCGUAUCACUGUGCUGACUGUGGGAAGAGCUUCACUCAAUUUGGAGUUCUUAAAAGACACGGCCUAGUUCACACAGGAGAGAAACCGUAUCGCUGCGCUGACUGUGGGAGCAACUUCACUCAGUCAGAACAUCUUAAAAGACACCAGAGAAUUCACACGGGCGAGAAACCGCACCGCUGUGAUCAAUGUGGGAAGUGCUUCCAUCACUUACAAAAUCUUCAAACGCACCAACAAAUUCACACAGGAGAGAAACCGUACCACUGCACUGAGUGUGAGAGGAGCUUCAGUCAGUUACAGUAUCUUAAAAAACACCAGAGAAUUCACACAGGAGAGAAACCAUAUGUCUGUGCUGACUGUGGGAGGAGCUUCAGACAGUUACAGUAUCUUAAAAAACACCAGAGAAUUCACACAGGAGAGAAACCGUAUGUCUGUGCUGACUGUGGGAGGAGCUUCAGACAGUUACAGUAUCUUAAAAAACACCAGAGAAUUCACACAGGAGAGAACUGAUACCCUUUAAGAAAUGUACAAUAUCUUAACAGAAUGAGAGGAAGUAACCAUGACGAUGUAGUGAAAGAGAACAUUUAAAUAUCAGGAGAGAUUGUGGAAGUCAGAAAUGACGCUGCAGCAGCCCGUUCUGAAGUGAGGCAGCGGCGCUUCACGGGUCACUGCGAAGGGAUUCAGGACAUCCUCCCUUGCGAUUCACUCCCGGGGCGUGCGAUUCAGGUUCACUGACGACAUCUUCACAACGAGACCGGCUGAUUUAUCUAGAAGAACGUUCUGCUCUAGAUAUCCAGAGCACGGCAUUCUCAUCUGUGGACCAGACGCGGAAUCAGAAUAUGAGAGAGAUUGAUAAUAAAUUAUCUAAAAUCUCUUGCAGUAUAUUUUCGUGCAUCCCCAGUUUCCGAUGAGCUGUCUUGGAGGUGCGAUAAAGGUGCUUAUCAUUUUCUGUUUGUUUUCCAUGUAAUUCAUUGAAUCGUCUUUUAUUAUUCUUGCUUCUAAUAAAAAAAAAAACACAUAAAAGGCUGUUCUUAGUCCGAGUCAGAAACUAUGUGCUGUGGGUUUGUGAUUCAUAGAGAUUAUAAUGAUUCAUGUCCAAACAGCAAUUCAGAAUUUAACAUCGUCCCUUUAUUGAUU